AUGGAUCACCGUGAUACCGCAUCAGCAGCUCCGGCUGGUGAGCCGGCUGCUCUUCCGGCUCGUCCACGUCCUCUAUAUUUGCACCAGAGUAGCUCGGGCAUUUUUGACGAUGUCGAAAUGGCCCAUGAUGAGGCGAGAAGCCAUUAUAACGGGUGGCUAACCAUUGCCUUACAGCUCUACUCUGGUCCCGUCGCCGAAAGCCUUCCAAGCAGUGUCUCUGCAUUUUCUCAUCGUCGAUCUCGAGCCGAUUCUACCACCAGCUUUGUUUAUUACGAGGGCGAUGAAACAAACCAUGACAUAGGAGACAACCACGAAUUCGCCAUACCUGCGCUCGACGACGACGACGAUGAUCAUUCAGCGGAUGACGAUUUCUUAGCUUAUAACCACGACUAUAUGCUUCAUCGAUGUUCCUCGACGCAAUCGCGCGCCUCUGUCCAUGCCCAUCUUCUUCGUAGAGAUAGCAACAUUACGACUACCAGUUCACACCCGUUCAAUCGCACCAGUCAAAAAGUUUACGUGGAGAGUGAAGAUCUGACAAUGGCAAUUGCUGGAUUCCGCACAAGAAUCGCAGGUUAUAUAGCUUAUAUAGCCCUGUGUAUACUAUCUGGAGGUAUUGCCUACCUGGUCUUCAGAUGGCUACCCAGGUGGUACAUCUCUCUCCUGGGGCAGGCCUGCCCUCUAAGAGAUUGUAGCUGGGUUGUCAUAGAAAAUCAAUGGGGGGAGAUGGAGAUUCAACAAGUCCGAAUUCAGGCUUACGGCCAACCGCUUUCCUCGAUAUUUGGGCUUCCAGAAAAGUCUUUAUCCUAUGGUCUGGAUGAUGAAAAUGAUCCUGUCGUCGACGACCUUCGAUCUCUGAAUUAUCGCUACGUUCGAUUCUGUUACCAUUCUCUCAAGGAUAAAUUCGUUCUGUUGAGCGGCUGGAAAGAUCCGAGUUGGACCGAUAUGCAAGCUGUACGGACUGGUCUUGACAGCGAUGAGAAGUCGACUCGCGAGAUUAUCUUUGGAAACAAUCUUAUUGACAUAGAGCAAAAAUCUGUGAGCCAGCUGCUCGUUGACGAAGUGUUGCAUCCAUUCUAUAUAUUCCAAAUUGCCAGUAUCGUUCUUUGGUCGCUGGAUUCAUAUUACUACUACGCAAUUUGCAUUUUUGUCAUGUCCGUUGGAAGCAUAACGACGACUCUCGUUGAAACUCGGGCAACAAUGAAACGACUGCGCGAGAUUUCCCGCUUUGAAUGCGAUGUCCGAGUUCUUCGGAAUGGGUUCUGGACAUACAUAUCGUCCGGCGAUCUUAUCCCUGGCGAUGUCUACGAAUUAAGCGAUCCUAAUCUGUCUCAGCUUCCCAGUGACAGCUUGUUGCUUACGGGUGACUGCAUCGUCAAUGAGAGCAUGCUUACAGGAGAGUCUGUUCCUGUUUCGAAGAUUCCGGCGACUGACAGUACGUUGGCACAACUCGACCUUACUGCUUCAACCAUUUCUCCUGAAAUUGCGCGCCACUUCCUCUUCUGUGGGACAAAAAUCAUUCGAGCAAGGCGGCCCCAAGAGGAUUUAGGUGGUGAUGCAGUUGCUCUGGCCCUGGUUGUCAGAACCGGAUUUAGCACUACCAAAGGUGCCCUCGUGCGAUCCAUGCUGUUUCCCAAGCCCUCGGGAUUCAAGUUUUAUCGCGAUUCAUUUAGGUACAUCAGUGUCAUGGCUGUUGUUGCCCUGCUUGGAUUUAUCGCCUCUUUCAUCAACUUCAUCCGGUUGCAACUGGAGUGGCAUUUGAUUAUUGUUCGUGCCCUCGAUCUCAUAACUAUUGUUGUGCCGCCAGCUUUGCCUGCUACCUUAACCAUCGGCACCAACUUUGCACUUGCUCGAUUAAAGAAAGCCAAGAUCUUCUGCAUCAGUCCACAGAGAGUGAACGUCGGCGGGAAGCUUGAUAUCAUGUGCUUCGAUAAGACAGGCACGCUAACAGAAGACGGCCUGGAUGUCCUUGGAGUUCGAGUCGUUUCAGUGGACGAGCACAAAUUUAGUGAUGUAAUCUCGGAGCCCCAUCUCUUUGAGCAACGAGAGACAAGCCUCUCCUUUCAGAGCAUCUUGCAAGCCGCUCUCCAUGCCAUGGCAACCUGCCACUCUCUUCGUUCUGUUGAUGGCGAGCUUGUUGGUGAUCCGUUGGAUCUCAAAAUGUUCGAAUUUACGGGCUGGUCUUUUGAAGAAGGGAAGCACAAUGUUGUGGAAGGCGAAGAUGAAGAUCACGGGAGUCUUUCGCCUUCGAUUGCCUCUCCGCCGGAUAAAUCUGUACAACUAGGCGUUCUCAAGUCGUUUGAGUUUGUCUCACAGCUACGAAGAUCCAGCGUUAUCGUGAGACACUUUGGAAGAAAGGAUGGUGAUAUAUUCGUCAAGGGUGCACCAGAAGCUAUGCGUGAAAUAUGUCGACCUAGCAGCAUUCCAAAGGACUACGAUGAGUUGCUCUCAUACUACACUCACAAGGGCUACCGCGUCAUCGGCUGCGCGACACGACAUAUUAACCGAUUGAGUUGGGUUAAGGCUCAAAAGAUGACCCGUACUGAAGUUGAGCGAGAUCUUGAUUUUAUUGGCUUCAUCAUUUUUGAAAACAAGCUGAAACCAAGCACGGCUGGAGUUUUGAAGGAACUCAAAGAUUCCAACAUUGCUACCGUGAUGGUAACAGGCGAUAACAUUCUAACGGCAAUCAGUGUUGCCAGAGAAUGCGGUCUUCUUGACCGCCAUGCGCACUGUUAUGUACCUAGAUUUCUCCAUGGUGACUCUCGGGAUCCCACGGCAGAGUUGCAGUGGGAGAGCAUUGACAAUAGCAUCUAUUGUCUCGACAGUACAAAUCUCACGCCGCUUCCAGCGCCACCGGAAGGUGACAUCUCGCUUCCUUACGACAUCACCAACAUGCAAAACUAUUCCCUGGCUGUAAGCGGCGACAUAUUCCGCUGGAUAGUUGACUAUGCCCCGGCGGACUUGUUAUCAAAGAUGCUCGUGAAAGGCAAAGUUUUCGCCAGGAUGUCGCCAGAUGAAAAACAUGAACUUGUUGAGAAGUUACAAAGCAUAGAUUAUUCUUGUGGCUUUUGCGGUGAUGGUGCAAACGACUGUGGCGCUUUGAAGGCUGCGGAUGUGGGAAUUUCGUUGUCACAGGCCGAGGCUUCGGUAGCCGCACCAUUCACAUCGCAGAUCUUCGACAUACGAUGUGUCCUAGAAGUCAUCAGGCAAGGACGGGCGGCUCUUGUAACAAGCUUCAGCUGUUUCAAGUACAUGAGUCUAUACUCGGCAAUUCAGUUCACCUCGGUUAGCUUCCUCUAUUCCAAAGGCUCGAAUCUGGGAGAUUUCCAGUUCUUAUUCAUCGACCUUCUCCUCAUCCUACCAAUCGCUGUCUUUAUGGGCUGGGCCGGGCCGGCCGAAAAGCUCUGCAGGAAGCGACCGACAGCGGAUCUCGUUUCACGAAAGGUCCUUGUGCCUCUACUUGGAUUGAUGGGGGCUAGCAUCGUGAUCCAAGCUAUUACAUACAUCACAGUUAAAGAGCAGUCUUGGUACGUGCCUCCGGAGCUAAGUCAUGACGAAACUAGCAUCAAGAGCUCAGAGAAUACUGCGCUGUUCCUGGUUUCAUGCUUUGAGUAUAUUUUCUCCGGAGUGAUCCUAAAUGCAGGGCCUCCUUUCAGACAUCCCCUGUGGGAGAACUGGCCUUUCAUCGCAACCAUCAUUCUGAGUUUAGCAGCGACUGUAUAUAUGAUUGCAGGCCCAGCACCUUGGUUGUAUAAUUUGAUGCAGUUGAGCGACAUGAGCUUGGAUUACAACUUGUUCCUGGUCCUGCUGGGCUUCAUGUAUUUUGCCCUGGCCUGGGUAUACCAAGAAUUCCUCUCACUGCGACUGGCAAGACUCCUGGGAGCGGCUAACAAAUGGGUUACCGGGCGAGCAAAGAGAAGGAAGCAAUACAAACUGAUACAGGAGGAAAUGAAGGGAGGUGUGUUUUAAGCCCGUAAGUGCGGGUGCUGUACUGCGCAUUAUCCACGCGUUGGUGUAUUUUUAUGGAAUCAAUACAUAGACUACCAGUAGAUACGCUGCUUCUCGGCCAGCAAGAAUCUGCCACAGAGAUGAUGUCCAAAGCCAUCUAUCUCUGCAAGGGCAGAAAGUAAUCAAUAUGCCAUCUUCCAAG